GAGGAAGUCGCUUCUCAUGUGAUCGUAGUAGUCGGCGAGUGAGGGGCGGGGUCGCGCGCUACGGAAGCCGAGCGGGAGGCGGAGUAGGCGGUUGCAAGAGCAACAGCGAGCCGCGAUGGCUGCGGACGGAGAACGCUCGCCGCUCCUCCCGACGGAGUCCGGCGAUGGGGGCGCUUCCGGCUUGGGAGGCCUGGUGGGGCCCGCCGGGCUGAUGACAGGCUCCGCCUCCAACCCGCCAGGGAAGCCGAACCCUCCUCAGGGGUUCCCUGGAUUCAGCGGGCUGGGCGAGGGGGGCCAGGCAGCCGUGCUGCCAGGAGAAGACCCCCCGCCGUACUCCCCCAUGGCGUCCCCAGAGAGCGGCAGCGCUCCCAUGAUCACUUGCCGGGUCUGCCAGAGCCCCAUCAACGUGGAGGGCAAGAUGCACCAGCACGUCGUGAAGUGCAGCGUCUGCAACGAGGCCACGCCAAUCAAAAAUGCCCCAGCCGGGAAGAAAUACGUGAGAUGCCCCUGUAACUGCCUCCUGAUCUGCAAAGUGACAUCCCAGCGCAUCGCCUGUCCUCGGGCUUACUGCAAAAGGAUUAUUAACUUGGGCCCCGUGCAUCCUGGCCCUCUGAGCCCCGAGCCCCAGCCCGUCGGCGUGCGCGUCAUCUGCGGCCACUGCAGAAACAGCUUCCUGUGGACGGAGUUCACAGACCGCACCUUAGCCCGAUGUCCGCACUGCCGUAAAGUCUCUUCCAUUGGGCGCCGCUACCCCCGGAAACGCUGCUUUUGCUGCUUCCUGCUGGGCCUUGUGAUGGCUGUGACAGCGACGGGCCUUGCGUUUGGUACGUGGAAACAGGCCCAGAAGUACGGCGGGAUCUACGCCUCGUGGGCGCUGGUCAUCCUGUUGGCUGUGCUGUGCUUUGGCCGGGCGAUGUACUGGGCCUGCAUGAGGGUCAGCAAUCCUAUCCAGAACUUCUCCUGAAGCUUCCCCGGGCUCUCCGUUUCCAGUUGCUGCUGCUCCCAGCAUGCCGUCUGCCGAGAGCCAGCCUCGCCCGCCCUCUUCUUUUCCUCCCCUUCGGGGCCGGGACCUUUUGUGCCGCCUUCUCGCCGUGCCACGUGCUCCCCUCGGUUGCCAUCACAGCUUUUACCACCUCCUUACCUGAGAGGCUUCCCCGGAGUCCCUCGCCCGGGUGGGGCGCGGUGCCAAAAACGAACAUUUGGACCUGAACGAAACUCGGUUGCCGAAAACUGCUUCUGUCCCGGAGUCCGAGAAGUUCCUACAAACUCAGUGGGCAGUGGAACUCUCGACUGGGACAAUUUCAAGAGGAGAUGUUUUGGGGCUUGGGAGACUGCGAGCGAAUUCCUUCCGUGGGAGACCGUCUGAACCAUGGCGGCUGCGUGCUGGGACCUACUGCACGAUGGCAUGAUCCUGAGAAAAGGCUACCUGGUAGGAACGCCACAGGCUGUGUGUCUUGAGGGACCCUACGGUGGCUCAGCUGGGACACUCUGAAGAGCGGUACGCUUUGAGGAGACAUUGGCUGUUCUCGGAGCUUCUCGGGUGGGUCGCGAAUGGAAUGCCAGAGAGCCGCGAGGAUCCCUUGUGGCAUUGACUGCAUCCUUUUUCACUUUGCGCGUGAGGAACAGCGGGAGAGGAGGGGCCGCCCGAGCUGCUGCAGCAAUAAUGGCGAAUUGCACAUUCCUCCGGAGAAGGCGAGCAGACGGGACGCUGCUGGCGUGCCCGUGGCUCUAGUCAAAAAUUCCAUUCCUCGUCGCCUAGUUGCUCGAACGCCUUCCCCGUGAGUCCUGUGGUCCAGGCAUCUCCGUUCCCGAAUCUUUGUGUCUUGUAAUGCCACCCAGGGUUGGUGUCUUGGUGCCCCCCACCCCACCUGUCCCUUUCUCCCUCAUUUUGAGACCAACCACAGUACCAAGAGCGAGGCCUUGUCGUGAGGGAACCUCCGACCCCUUAACUUAACCAUUAUUCCUCCCCCCUUUGAUUUUCUCAGUCCUUUCAUUGCACAUUCCUUGGUGGAGGGAAUUCUCAACUGGCCUUGCUCCUCGGGAGCGAGCCCAAUCUCCACUCUCGGAGGUUGGGAAGGAGCACGUGAUGUUACCCAUCAUGCACUGACGUGUUAAACGUUAAUUGGGGAAAAGGCAUUUCCCCCCCUCUCCCCCCCCGGAAACCUGAAUGGGAGGCAUAAAAUCUGGGAUGGGCCAGACAAGCGCUCCUUCCGCCUACUCACAGUUCCAAUCACCAUUUCCGUUCAAGGGCCUGCCUGUUCGUUCUGCCCUCGUUUCUGUUUCUGGAGACCUUUUGACUUCCUAGCUCCCCCCGCUGGGAAACUUGCUCCCGUGAUGCCUCAGCUGGCGAGGGUGGGGGCGCAAAGGGGUGGCCGUGGGGAGGGGCGACGGCCCUUCCGAGGCCUAGAGCGUCUGAGGCCUGCGAGAACCACUUUCCCGGAGGCGACUGGCCUCCGGUUGUGUGUGGCGGGGACUGGCUGAGGCAGCGUGACUAGGGGGCAGGUUCCGGUUGUCGCUCCGAAAGUCAUCCCAGGUGCUGGGGGAUGUGUUUUGGUCUCGCUUUUCCAUGCCUGUCUUGGCUUCUGUCGGGGUGGGGUAGUGAACCCCCCCAGCCCAGCUCUUCUUCCCCCAGCUUUCAGCUUCGUUGCUGUCGCGGCUUGUAUAUAAAGACGAUGUGCGUGUACAGAGCUUAUUUAAACCUCUCUGUCCUCCGUGACUUCUUCCCUCUUUGCUCCUGUUUUCCCGCACCCUCCCCUCCCUUGUCCGGGUUAAGCUUGUGUCUCUUUCUCUUCCUCCUUUCCCUUACUGAGGCCCGAGGAGGAAGUUAAAUAAAAAGAAAAAGAGAUUGAAUGGUUGUAAAUAAAGUUGAGAUUCCACACAGUGAGAAAA